AUGCAGGAGUUUAGUGAGAGGCCGAAGAGGCAGAGGAGAGAUGGGGGAACUCGCUGUGCCGCUUGGGGCUGUGAUAAAUCGAAAUUAAAGGAUUGUGUUGGAGUGUUCGAGUUUCCUGCCCGUGAGAAGUCGCCGGAAAGAUUUGAUUUUUGGUGCAAAGCAGUUCGGAGGACUCGCCAGGAUUUCAAGUUCGUCAAAGGCACAUCACGGCUUUGUGGCGACCAUUUCGAUCGGGACCAAAUCGAUAACUGGAUGCAAAUCAGGAUUAUGUUGGAGGAUAAGGGUCUAGAGGCGGCUCAAAAAAUCUCGUGGAGGUUAGUGCCCAAGGCCAAGCCAAAUCCGGACCUCUUCCCUAAAAGGCCAACCCAUGGCACCCCUAGUCCUAACGUUAGGCCUUCUGUUUCUUCCUCUUCCUUCGCCGGUGGUUCAACCCCAAGACGACCCCCAACUUCUAGACCUUGGGCAACCAAAAAAGACAGGAGAAAGAGGGUCAAAGAAGCCAUGGAAGUAUUACUUCCAAGUUCUGGAAUUACUGAGUCAGCUGAUUCCACUACAGCACCAUCAUCACCAGUACCAGGCCCAUCAUCAUGUGAGGCAGACUCAGAGGCGAUGGAGAUAGAAUGCAAUGAUACAAACAUGACAAAGUUGCCAGAGCUUGUGGAUCAAUACGUGCAGACUAAGAGAACGUCUUAUCGUUCCUUUCACGUACAAGUUAUGCCAAACACUUUUUCACAAGGAACUCAAACUGAUACAUGUAAAUGUAUGUGCAAUUGUCCCCAGGGCUGUGACUUGCCAGAUCCACCACUGGAGCCAGAUGUUUGUAGUGGUACUGCCAUGCCUGUUGAAACUGAUGACGACUCGGUCAUGGAAACAGAGGAUGAAAUGCAUGAUUCUGUUGAUCCAGAUUAUGAACCAAAUUCAGCUGAUGAAUCUGAUGAUUGUGAUGAAAGGGAAUUCGAAGAUUGGCAGAAUGAAGUAAACAAAGACCCAGUCUCGGAGGAAAAGUAUUUCGUUUUUCAUUCUUGUCUGAUGACUUUGUUUGCAUCAUGUCCAGUGUGUUCAUCAGAAUCAUCGGGGCAUAUCAAAAGGAUUGGAACUUUCAUAUCGAUUGAGCAGCACUGCAGUAACAGUCAAUGUGGAUUUUCACGGGUUUGGCACAGCCAACCGAUGUGUGGCAAGGUACCAGCAGGGAACAUCCUCUUGUCAGGUUCCAUACUGUUUUCGGGCAGCAUACCAGGCAAAAUUCUUCGUUUUCUAAAGUUGUUUGGUUGCCAGGCCUUCUCCAGGACAACGUACUUUAAUCACCAGCGCAUGUACCUUAGCCCAGCCAUGACAGAAGUAUGGAGCAAAGAACAACAUGCACUACUAGUUGACGUUAAGGAGAGUGAUGCCCCUCUUGUCGUUGGUGGUGAUGGCAGGUCGGAUACACCUGGCCAUUCAGCCAAGUAUGGAUCGUAUUCCCUCAUGGACCUUGACAAUAAAAAGAUCAUAGCCAUGGAGCUUGUCCAAAGUACAGAGGUCAAAUCUUCAGUUCAUAUGGAGAAAGAAGGGCUGAUCCGCUGUGUACGCAUCCUUGAUGAAAAUGAUGUAUCGAUUAACAAGAUAAUCACUGACAGACAUUGUCAAAUACAGAAAUGGCUCAGAGAAAACCUUGGGGGAACUUCACAUUUCUUUGAUGCAUGGCAUCUUGCCAAAAAUGUGAAGAAGAAGGUUCUGAAAAUUGCGAAGCUGAAAGGGUGCGAAAUAGCUGCGGAGUGGUGUAAGGCCAUCACCAACCACCUCUAUUAUGUGGCAUCGAACACCCCCGAGGGUCAAUCUGAUCUGAUAAUUGCCAAAUGGAAGUCAUUGGAUAAUCACCUUCACAACAUCCACAAAGGUCAUGGCAACCUGUUCCCCAAGUGUGGCCACGGAACAAGGGUGUCCAAUGAAUUGACCAAAAUCAUCACUGCCCCAAGAUUAGUCAAAGAUAUUGGAAAGAUAUCCUGUAGUCAACAAACAUCUGGAAUUGAGGCGUUUCACAGUGUGGUGAACCAUUUCGCACCAAAACAGAUCCAUUUCUUCCCUGAUGGCAUGGAAAGCAGACUAUGUAUUGCUGCCUUACAUUAUAAUGAAAAUGGCAAGAAGGAGCAGGCAGUCAAUAAAGAUGGGAAGGAGAGGUGGGACGUCUUCUUUCCAAAAGUGAAGAAGGGGGGUCAUUCUGUUCGACCAGUGAGGAAAGAGAGCACAUAUGGCUAUGCAAAGAGACUGAUGGAUGAAGCUCAUCAUAGAUUGCCUUUGUUCUUGAGUGGUGGAUACUUAAAGCCCACAAUUUCGCCUUCUGGAGGAAAAGUCUUACGGAUUAAAUGAACAGCACAGGCUGGUAAUGGCACACGAUUCCCUUCUCCAAGAUAUCUCCAACACCAUCGGAUUAGUUUCCGAUAUGCAACAUGUCUGUAUUUCCUGAAAUGAAGAAAUGGAUUCUGUCAUAGAUGGCAUAAUUUAGGCCUGCGUGUACUGGUCAGAGCUGGUAAGGCUUGAAUUCUAAUGGAGCAGAAAAUAUGCUUGACCAUUAGAUAAAAAUUAUCUUUGUGGUUUAAAAAGGUUUACUGGUACAAUGAUACACAACAAAUUUGAUGCCAUAUUGUUCUUCUUUUGUAAAAGUGUACACACUAAUA